GUCUACUUUGACAUUUGAGGCGUUUAUCUGAUGCUUUUACCCACUGCUACUCACGCUGAGAGCAACAGUGGAAAAAGCUUUAGUUCAACAGGAAUUUAAAGCAGCUUCACACACACACACACACACACACACACACACAUAAGGAAUACAUAACAACAGCCUGGUUGGCAUUAUUACUCGAGUCCCACUUGCAUCUAUUUUUAUUAGCGCAGUUAAUAAGGGAUAUGCACGUGACGCUGGAAAUGUUUCCUCUCAUUUCCUCUCGCUGUCUGACACUCGCUAUCCGCCGUUAAAGUAAACUCAGACACAGCCAAGAUUUCCAGCUCCUUUUCCAGGCCAAACUCUGCAGUGCAUGUAAAUAAAAAGUUGACAAAAGGCGCCUAAAAUAACCCGCGUGCUUGUGAAACUGAGAAACGGGGACCUACUAAUAGAAGUUAAGGUAAAACAUUGUUGACAUAUAUGAAGUUUUUCCCAUUAAAUCAGCUAAAGCUGAGAAAUGUUUCCCCGACCCCAGAAUGGUUCAUUUCCUCUGCAGUAGCUUUCAUUUAUCGGAUGAAGCAGUGCAACCUUCAUACUAUUAUGAAUGAAGUUUCAGGCCCUUGAACUGCACAGGCUGAUCAGAAAUGUGCAAUUUUUAUCUUUCCAUAACUUGUUAAGUAAGUAAAUAAGCAGGUGAAAUUUUCAGAGCUGAGAAACUGCAACCAAAGCUGUUCAAAGUGGCGCCGUCGAAAGCAAAAAUCUGUUUUUGUUCAGCACAAUUUCGUUAAAUGUCAUCAGCUUUGAGUAUCGGUGUCGUGGGAAAACUGAACCAGUUUCACAUCUGUGACAAAAAUGUGUCUGGCUGAUCGUUCGUGUGAUCAGUCAUGUGAAAUUGUCCAAAAGCCUCAUUCAGUUAUUUCUUAAACAAACAGAGCCGAAACUUUCAAAUGUGCAUUGCAUCCCCGCUUUCCUUCCUUCCCGCCGCUUGGGUCUGAUCAUCGGGGAGUUUUGUGUUUGUGAGUCAUUAUUUUGACACAGGCUAAAAUUGUUAGACGAGCUUAUGUAUAUAUUUGGCCUACCACUGGUGAAAACUUUUAUUUUUGUGAUUAAAAAUGGCUUAAAAGACUUCUGACAUGAGGCGAUUCACCUUCAGAAGUUCAGGCUCAAUCAUUCACCCCUCUCUCCCCAGCCUGUGAUUUUUUAACUCGAUUUAUUUAUUUUCUGAUCUUUCUGAACAUUUUUCCCAAGUUUAAAGCUCAAAUCAGUGCGUUGGAUACAUCACAACAACUUAUAGCCUGAAGCGGGUGGAGACCAGGGGAGAAGUGCACAUGUAGACAUUGUUAUUGCCUCUCUGAUCAUUUCAGCAUCACCUGCAGUUUAAAGGAGUGCUCAUCAUUUGCUCCACCACUAUUUUAAAGCUUUUGUAACACAGAUUUACAAUAUAAAAGACAAAUCUACUAUAGUGAAGCACUAAAGAGAUUGCACUGGUUUUUGUUUAGUCAUCCUUGGACAGAAGUAUCUGACUAUUUAGCUCCAUCUGCUCAUGUCUGCUGUUGGUGCUGGGCACAUAGUGUUUGGUUGGUGUAUCCGAACUUCCUGCUGCUGCUACACGUUUAUUAGUUCAUGCAUCCUGUUGACAGAGUGUUAGUAUUGAUGCAGGUACUUUUUAGCUUUCAGCCCAGUCUGCUUUGAUUUUCUGUGCGGAAACGAGCGCACGGGCCUGAGAGGUGACAACAGGUGGAGGUAAUCGAAGAAAUGUCACCCGUCCUUUCAGGGGGCGACGCUCGCAUUGUGCACAUUGUGUCUGCGCGAGUGGGGGCGGCGUGUUUGCGACAGGUGGAGGAUGUUUGGUGGGAAGCGUCCACAUUGUGUCUGUGCUGGAGCUGAACCGGUUGGCUGUGGGUUUUGUGGAUGUUUGAUUUGUCCUCUGCGUCAGCUCCUGACUUUAUGCAUGCACGUCUGUGUCACAGUGUGGUUGUUGCAUGAGCAAGAGGCGGACCACACGACUAAGUACAAGAUAUUUUUAAAAUAUGUUUGAGCAGUAAUAUUUGUGACACACAGAACUUUAGAAAACUCCUAAAAUGUGAAUACUUUCUAUGUUUUUCACACGUCGCCCUCCUUUCAAAGCAGGGGUGACUGUGGCUCAGGAGCCCGAGUGAGUCGACUCUGAAGGUCGGGGUCUCAGUUCUUCUAGUCUAGGGCAAGAUACCCCGAGUUGACCUCAGUGCGUCCAUCAGCUUGUGUGUGUGACUGUUGCAUAGAACAGGACGUGCUUGUAUGGGUGUGCUGUCUGCAUCAGCUGUUCCACUUUAGGUUUGUCUGCGCCGCUUCUACUUCUCGAUCCUGUAAGUCGCAUUCUGACCACCGACGAGCACUUUGUGCAUUUGCACCUGAUUUUAUCUGGAUUAUUAUAAUUCUGACUUGAAUCGCCAUGAAGCCUGCAUCAUUGCGUCUUGUUGUUUACCUUCAGCACUGGUGCGCCGAUUGAAUCUGUGCACAAAUGAACAGAGUUGUGAAAAUGAGGAAAAUGUGCAUAACAGCGCUGGCUGAAUACGAGCUAUUGUAUCAGCACAAUAAAGACACUAGAUACUGUAGGUUUACAGCCUAAUACAGUCAUACACAGAUCGCAACUGGAAUGAAAUCAGUCUCUACUGAUAUGAACUGGGUAAUGUGUUAGGAAUGAAAGGACGCCACAUUGUUUGAUGGAAAUGAAAGCGAUCAGCCUACAGAGGGUUGAAUUCAAAGUGAAAACGUUUAGGUUUGUCCACUUUGCUGUAAUUUCAUCCUCCUGGAGCGUUAUUGUGCACCAGGAGGAACCCAGGACCCACUGCACCAGACCAGUGGGACAGAGGAUCCAAGGAGGCUCCAAAGUGCCGAUGCCUGGCCUGUAGAAGUCUGUGCGGCCCUCUGUGGAUGUGCCUCACCGGAUCAUUACUCACCCAUCUUCAGACCACUCAUGGUGAACAAUGUUACAGGCAGCAUAACGAUCUCCAUUUGUUCUCCAGACCCUUUCACGUGUGUCACAUGUGCUCAGGUCCAAUGGUGCCAUGGAGUGAACACAAGGCCCAUUAGACGACGUCAGGCCCACCCCUCACAGCAGUGAGACUGUCCUGGGAGACACACCAAACCUUCAGAGUGGGAUGUGUGAUGUGCCAUCCUGGAAGAGUUGGACUACCUGUGUUGCCUCUGCAUGCUAUCACCUCAUGCUACCAGUAGUGACACUGACCCUACCCAAAAAAAACAGCCCUACAGAAUAAACCAGGUGUUGCUUUUGGGUUGUUUCACUGUUGUCCUUCUAGUUCACAUGAGAUUAAUUUCAAUAUCCCAGAACUUAAACCGACUUGAUGCUGUAUUAAAAAUUGCUGAAGUAACCUUCAUCUCAUAGAGGUGUCUUUCCACCACCUAUUCGCAGCUGUUAAGGUCUUCAUCUCGUCACAUUUCUCAGCACACAUCUGGAUCAAAGCAGUUUUUUGGUAACAUGCGCUGACGUGUUAAACACCAGGUUAUGUUACUCAAACAUACUGAUUCUUCUCAGUUCUGACUCCAGGCCUUUAUUCCUGCAUUUAGUUUAGUUUAGUUUAGUUUUUUAAGGAAAGUGUAGUUAAAUUCUGUAUACGUAUGCUUUUUAGCAUUAUUUAACAUUUAAUUAUCUAAAAAUGUUCCACUUGUAAUCAGUAGAUUGUGAUGUUGUGCAGCAAACUACGGCUAACAGAGCUGGAGCAGGAAGAUCUGCAGCUGUAGAGGCCUCGAGGCAGAUACUUAGUGACAGAAAGGAGCCAUAAUUAAUGACAUCUGAACUUUUUUUAUGUGUCACAGAUAAAGGAGCCAUACAGGUAUGCUAAACACAAAUACAGGCAUUAAAAAUAUUCAGCGUACAGAGCUGCUGACAGGGAAUCAGCUCUGCCACGCCUCUCCUUUGGGAAGAAACAUACCUAAAAGGCAGUUGCACACUGUUGCACAACUUUUCAAGGAAUGAUGUUGUUUAACCUGGAAAUUGUACAGAAAAGAUUCCACAGUGUUGUCAGGCUUAAACGUGCCUCUGAUUAGGAUUUUGAACUUCAGUUUUUGCUCCUGUCAGUGUCACACUUUGUUCACAAACCCAACCUUAUUAAAACAGUCUUUAAAAAGCUGUUAAAAGCACUUCUAUUAUAGUUUGGCAAUAGUUAAACUGAAUUGUUUCACUUCAAUAACAUCACCAGUAUGCACAUUAACAGCUUCGGGCUGUUUCCAGCCUCUCAGUGGGCCUUUGGGUGUGUGUCUAUUUAUUAGAAGUAUCUUUGCGGGAAAACCCCUGAACAUUAUUCCUUUCUGAUAGAUUUCUUCUUCUUGUGUAUUUGCAACAACCUUCCUGGUCUGUGUGAGUCAGCAUGAGAAGGAAUAAACAUGCAGAUGAAUGAAUCUGUGUCUUAAAUGAAAUAUUUACACUCCAGCAUGUUCAGCUGACACUUUAAAGAUCGCACUCAUUGAUAUUUUUAAGUGAAAUCUGCACGUGGGAUGUUUCCCUGAACGCCUGAGUGUGAAAAUAGAUGUGGGAGUUUUCUUCCUUGUGGUAUUUAGUCGUGGGUCGGAGAGUUAUGUGAGGGAGUGGGGAUCUCCAGGACACCUGGUGGAAACACUGGGUGGAAGGUUACAGCUGCGUGUUGGUUGAGGACUGGAGAGAAGUGGGACGGGAGGGGGGAUCCCAGUUCCCUUCUGGAUUUGGAUCUCUCCUCCUCCUCUCCUUUUCCUCCUCUUCCUCCGGGUAUCCCCUCACACUGACUCACAGACACACACUAGUUUGUCCGCCUGAGUCCAAAGUUAUCGCUGCUGCAGCUCCCGGCUCCUCGGUUCAGUCCAGCUUGUGAUGACGCAGUGCGCCGCCGCCACCACCGAGGCCAAGCCGGCAUGCGUGAGCGCUCUCGGCGGCCUCAUCAGAGCACUGAGGAGUCGGCUAAAGUCGCUCCGACAACUCCUGAGACCGAACCAGAACGGUGUCCGCCGGGAGAAACCUGGAGGGACGGUUUUAGACUGCUGUGGACCGAAGCUGUCCAGCCUGGCUGAUGACGUCCCGAUUAAGGAGAUCAGCAUCACUCACCACGUGAAGGAAGGGUCGGAAAAGGCCGACCCUCGGCAGUUCGAGCUGCGCAAAGUCCUGGGACAGGGCUCGUUUGGAAAGGUGUUUCUGGUGAGGAAGAUCACAGGACCGGACGCUGGUCAGCUGUACGCCAUGAAGGUGUUGAAGAAAGCCACACUGAAAGUGCGUGACCGGGUCAGGACGAAGAUGGAGAGAGACAUCCUGGUGGAGGUCAACCAUCCCUUCAUCGUCAAACUGCACUACGCAUUUCAGACGGAGGGGAAGCUCUACCUGAUCCUGGAUUUUCUCCGAGGAGGCGACCUCUUCACUCGUCUCUCUAAGGAGGUAAUGUUCACAGAGGAAGACGUGAAGUUCUACCUGGCGGAGCUCGCGCUGGCCCUCGAUCACCUCCACGGGCUCGGCAUCAUUUACAGAGACACAUCAUUUGAAACAGUCUUCUGUUGUUUCAGCAUCCUGCUCGAUGAGGAGGGACACAUCAAGCUGACCGACUUCGGCCUCAGCAAGGAGUCGAUAGACCACGAGAACAAGGCCUACUCUUUCUGCGGCACGGUGGAGUACAUGGCUCCAGAGGUGGUGAACAGGCGAGGACACACGCACAGCGCCGACUGGUGGUCGUACGGCGUUCUCAUGUUUGAGAUGCUGACGGGAACGCUGCCGUUUCAAGGAAAAGACCGGAAAGAGACGAUGACCAUGAUCCUCAAGGCCAAGCUGGGAAUGCCGCAGUUUCUCAGCUCCGAAGCUCAGAGUCUCCUCAGGAACCUUUUCAAGCGAAACCCCGGCAACAGAUUAGGAGCUGGGCCGGAUGGAGUGGAGGAGAUCAAGAGGCAUCAUUUCUUCAGCACCAUCGACUGGAAUAAGCUGUACCGCAGAGAAAUCCACCCUCCUUUCAAGCCAGCAGCGGGGCGACCUGACGACACCUUCUAUUUUGAUCCAGAGUUCACAGCUAAAACACCCAGAGACUCGCCGGGGGUCCCGCCGAGCGCCAACGCCCAUCAGCUGUUCAGAGGGUUCAGCUUUGUGGCCAUAACGGAGGAGGAGACGCAGCCACUACCCAAUGCUAUUGUACAGCAACUUCACAGAAGCACGUCCCAGUUCGCAGACGCCUACGAGAUCAAAGAGGACAUCGGCGUCGGCUCCUACUCCAUCUGCAAGCGCUGCAUACACAAAGGAACCGGCAUGGAGUACGCAGUGAAGAUUAUCAACAAGUCCAAGAGAGACCCGACGGAGGAGGUGGAGAUCCUGCUGAGAUACGGGCAGCACCCCAACAUCAUCACCCUCAAAGACGUGUAUGACGACGGCCGGUCGGUGUUCCUGGUGACGGAGCUGAUGAAGGGAGGCGAGCUGCUGGACAAAAUCCUCCGUCAGAAGUUUUUCUCUGAGCGGGAAGCCAGCGCUGUUCUCUACACCAUCACCAAGACCGUGGAGUACCUGCAUGUGCAAGGGGUGCGUUUCUCCAGAGAUACACCGCGUCAACACCAGGAGGAAGCACACAGCCUAAGCUCCAGUAUGGACGAGAGCGGGAACGCCGAGUCCAUCAGGAUCUGCGACUUUGGCUUCGCCAAGCAGCUGAGAGCGGAGAACGGCCUGCUCAUGACGCCGUGUUACACCGCCAACUUCGUCGCCCCCGAGGUGUUGAAGAAGCAGGGUUAUGACGCAGCCUGUGACAUCUGGAGUCUCGGAGUCCUGCUCUACACGAUGCUAACAGGUUUCACUCCAUUUGCUAACGGUCCAGAGGACACCCCGGAGGAAAUUUUGGCUCGGAUCGGCAGCGGGAAGUUCUCUCUCAGCGGAGGAUACUGGAACUCUGUCUCAACUGAAGCUAAGGACCUGGUGUCUAAGAUGCUGCAUGUCGACCCCCACCAGCGGCUGACAGCGGGGCAGGUCCUCAGACACCCGUGGGUGACGCACAGAGACCAGCUACCCAAAUACACCCUCAACAGACAGGACGCACCACUCCUCGUCAAGGGUGCGAUGGCGGCCACCUACUCUGCCCUUAACAGGAAUGUCCCCCCGGUCCUAGAGCCUGUGGGCUGCUCCACUCUGGCCCAGCGGCGGGGGUUGAAGAAGAUCACUUCCACCGCUCUGUGACCUCCUCUUUCUCCUCCGCCUCCUUCUUUUCUUCCUCCUCCCGUCAACUCUGACCUCGAUCUGACCUCCGCCGGACCUUCCCUCUCCCUCACUUCGGUCCGGCGGGACAGACUACUGAUGGACCUGGGAACCGCUAACGCCAAAUAGGAGCACAGAGGCCGCCCCCCUCCCUCCUCGAUCUCUCCCUCACCUCUGCGGGCUC